GUAAAGCUCAGAAACUGGCCUGGCUUCAGAACACAGGUUCAGAAACGGGUUUUCUGGUUUGGUCGGGUUCACAAACGGGGUUAUGUUGAGUUCAGAAACGUUUUAUUGCGGGGUUCAGAAAUUACGGGUUAAGAAACUAUUUUUGGUGGGGGGUUGACAUGACAUUCAUUUGAGCAACCGUUGAAACAGGGUAUGAAGAGCACGUUACUAGUUUCCGAAUGCAACGCUCAAGUGUCCAAAACCCAUGUGUCCAGUUUCCGAACCCCACUUUUCCAGUUUCCAAAGAUUUGUUUCAAGCUUCCGAACCUGAGUUUCUGAACCCAACGUUAUUUUCAAUCUUCACGCUGGUUGGUUUGGAUCUUUUUCGGGCCAGACAGAACAUGGGAACUAGGAUUCGACGACGGGUCCCCGAAUGAAAAAUUGGAUUUGGGAUCAGCCUCCGAUACGCAACACGUUCAGGAACGGCGAUCAUUCUCCCACCCCUACAAGCAUGUGUCCACGUUCUUUAUGAAUAUCCGUUCGUCUCUGCGUUCACCACUUGUUUGUGAUGGGCCAGCAUCUCUUCGCUGCUCAAAGAACAUGAACAUCGGUGGCCAGUUGUCCUUAGGAAGACUGCUCCUUGGAAGCCCUAAGUACUCGUCAGUCCAGUAGGAUCAACCAACCGACCAACUGCCGCCGGACAGGAUCUUUUUCUUGAAGCUCGGCCGAGAUGGGAACAGGGAUGUGUGUAUACAUGGUGAAAGUGCAUGGCACAGGUCCCACAUGAGAUUAGAAGGCCCCAUCUUGUCCAAGACACUCUUUCAUUUACUUUGUCCAGCUCAACGACUUUGUCGGUUAGUCUAGAGUAAAGACCAAGGCUGGGCAAAUCCCUGCUGAAGAACAUAGGCAAAGGUGAACCGGCCGAACCCUGCACAGCCAUGGGAGUUGACCUGCAUAUGUCUUCAUGUGUGUUUCCUGCUACCAAGCGUAUUUGCAAGAAUGCACAUGACAAACCCGGUCUAGUAGUUGCAAGUGGACUUGACACGUAUGCAGAGUCCUACUAUAGCGCAUAUUCUGCCCUCUCUUCUAUUAUAUACAGUUAUACAUCAUACAAUACAGCGCUGCGGAAACAAGGGUGUCGUGGCGAGAACUCGGAGCGACAUCCUCGCCAACUGACUCAGGUUGUUGGGGGUUCUGCUGAUUCUUCUGUCCAUCGCGAUGUCUCCACUCUCAAUCACUAUCACCCUUCUCAGCAUGAAUAUCGCGUGCCGGCUACGGCGAAAUCGUCCACAUAGCCAGACCUUCGUGAAGGUGAUGCUGAUGGUGCCAGGCGUGGUGGUCUUCACUUGUCUUACCUUGACCUAUAUGAUCAUCGUGGCUCUGGUGCUGCUAGUCAUCCUGUCUGUCAGCAUGCUCCUUUGGGAAUGGUUCGGGUGCUGUAUGCCAGGUUGCUUUAUUGACUUCUUGCUGAACAUGGUCCAUGGUUGUGGAGAGUUUGACCACACGCACCUGAUUUGGCUCAUGACACUGCCGUUCACUGCCUUGGAGCCCUUGCGGCCUUGUAUGCGGUGCUAUUUUCAGCAUUGGCGCUGCUGUGGCUGUGGGGGCGACGAUUCCGACAGUGACACUUCUGAGGGGGAUGGAGAAGCAGGAUUCAAUGAAGAUGAUGAUUCUGAAUGAAAUUG